CGAGUAUUCUCAAAAACGCGUCGAAUGCUCCUAGCAGUUGACUUUAUUACGACCGCGUUCCAUCUCUCCGGCUUCUACGCCUGAGGAUGAAGGUGAAGGGUGAAGAGGAGAAUGGGCUCGAGCAGCGUCAUCCUCUGCCCUCUGAGAUUACGAAUGCCUUCAAUCCCUCUCACACUCGGCGGCUGCUCGUCAUUCUAGCUUUCCCAUUGAUCCUUCUGCUGGGGGCACCCAUAUGGUGGUACACGACCUCAAUAGAGCGAUUGCCUCUGCCGAGGGAGCGCAUAGCUGCUCUAGAGUCAGCAAUACCCGUUGACUCUAGAUCCAACAUUGUCUUCACGGCAGAUAAUGAAGCUUUCCCCGCUCCAGCGGCUGGCCGUCCGAAGCACUCUUCGAAGGACAUCCUCCUGCAUCUAGCAGAAGAGGUGACAAAAAGCGUAGACGGACUUCUUGGACAAGCUGGUCCCGCAACGAGGAGAAGGAGACAUUGGGACCUAUUAGUCGGGCAGGGGAAAAGCAGUCGCUCCCCACUUCGAGUACACAUCAAAGUGUCCAAUAGGGCUAACACGAGCUUCCCUCUGCGCCCAUAUGUCCAGGCUGCAGAGGUGGGGAGUUUUGGCGACAACCCCAGACCAGGGACACUUGUGGUUCCUGUUCAUCCCUCUCAAGUCGGCGAUCGACAUCUACCGAUCCACUACAAGAUGGCCAUCAGUGAUGCUCUCGUUGCCCUGCUACCACCUUAUAGAACGCCGCCUACCGUUCCCCUCCGAGCCUUGAAAUACGCUCCGAACAUUACGCUCAGUUUUGUUGUUUUGAAUGAGGAUUCGACCGAGGGCAGCUUUGUCCAAAGCUGGGACAUCUCGAGCGCCAUCAACGACCAUAUCCUACCUCAUUUGGAACCUCUCAAGGAUAUUUUCAAGUUUGACAUUGAAUCACAGAUAUUGUACCACGCACCCCUGACAUUCGAGCCUCAUUUGGGUGCCCAUUCCGCCGACACCCAUCCUUCCGUUGGUGGUGUGAUGCCAGAUGAGGAAGGUAUUGUAGACCUGGCGACUGUCCGCAAUGAGGACAUCCAUAAUCCCUACUGGUACAUUGGGGAAGAGGAGAUGAAGAUCUUCAUUAAUUCAGAAUCCUGGAGCCUCGACUCGGGGAGUACAAACAACCCAGUGUUGCGCAUGCUGCUAUACGUUCCGAAUGUGAAACACCGACCGAUGCGAACCUCUGUCUCAGAUGCUCGAUCCUUUCUCAUUCCUCAAUAUGGAGCUGUAGUGCUUCUCAAUCCCCCCUCGUCCACAUUCACCAAUCUUCAUUUGCCUCUGGCUGCGCUACACGCCCCUUUUCAUCUGUUCACGCAACACCUCUACUCCUUGCUCGACCUUCCGUCGAUACCCUCAGGCAUUGCGCCAAGUCCACCAUCGUCACACCUCGUACCAGAGCGGCCCUUUGCGCAGCCGCUCACCCCAUGGCAAGUGGAGCACAUAAUGCGCGUCAGAGCGAGAGAGAAUUCUCUGGAAGCGAGGCGGACGCUUUCCGGGAUCUCCAGACUUGUCAGUAAAAUCAAGGAAAUGAAAGUCGGCAAGGGUGUCCGCGACAAGGUUCAGGGAGCUGUCGAAAGACUGGAGAAAAUGGACAAAACGCGAGACACACGACAGGCUUUCAUCUUGUCUCGAGACGCAGCUGCGCUUGCCAGCCAAGCCUUCUUUGAUCCAUCGAUGAUGGGGCUGUUGUAUUUCCCUGAUGAGCACAAGUUCGCCGUGUACACCCCUCUGUUCGCUCCUAUUGCCGUUCCUAUGAUCGUCGCGAUCCUUCGGGAGCUCCUAGCCUGGAGAAAGAGGCGGAAGACACAGAAGAGUCAGAAGGAGGCUCCAGCUGUCUCGACGAGUCUCAAUUCAGAGAUGCCUGAAGAUAGCAUGGAUGACCAGAACUCCAAGAACGUCAACGAUCAAGAGAGUGCCUCGAUCUUCGAGAGAUCCCAGGGCGAUCGAGAAAGCCGUCAAAGCAGUGCGCCGGCAGAUGACCGCUCAGAUAUAGAUGAUGGAGUGGAGUCUGUCCUUCUGAUCUCAGAGGUCGGUCACCGCUCGCGAGGCGGACACAACCUUCGCUCCCGGGCCUCGCUUCAUUCUCCAUCGUCAAGAUGACAUGUAUGCAAGAUGUAUUCACGAUU